CUUCCACCCUCGCGGGAGAACUGCAAAGGGAGGGAACGUGGUGCCUCAGCCAGUCUUGACUUCCUUGGGUGGCCCCUCUGCAAGUACCUUGGCCCUCCUGCACAAUUCCAAGCUGAGCUGCCCUUUGGGUAGUUCUGAGGAAGGAGACCAUGAGAGCUGGGGCAAGCCCACCGAGGAGCCCCUGCUGGCCCAGCAUCUGGCAUUCCCGUGCGAAUACUUUAGGAGCUGAAGGGCACCCUUGCUGGGGCUGAAUAGACGCAGUUGGACAGGUUUGCUGCUGAGCUGGUUUGGCCAGUGCUCUGGAGAUGGGAAGCUACUUGUCUGCCUGGGCUUAUGUCACUCCAAGGAAGCCCUUUUGGUGGCUGGGGAGUACAAGUACCACCCCGAGUGCUUUGCGUGCAUGCGAUGUAAAGUGAUCAUUGAAGAUGGCGACAGCUACGCUUUGGUGCAGCACUCAGCUCUUUACUGUGGUAAAUGCCAUAACCAGUUUGUGCUGACGCCAAUGCUAGAAAGACUCUCGGCGGAGCCUCUCUGUGAGCAGCUGCCCUACACUUUGACCCUUCUCUCCAUGCCUGCAGCUACCAACGGCGAAAGGGGGUUUGCUGUGGCUGUGGAAGGGGGCUGCUCCCCCUAUGCUGCUACAGUGGAAGUGAAGGAAGUCAACCGAAGGCACAUCAGCCCUGAUGUCCAAAAUGCCAUCCACCCCGGGGACAAAAUCUUGGAGAUCAAUGGAAACCCAGUCCGCACACUACAAACCGAAGAGGUCAAAGAACUGAUUCACAAGACGAAUCAAACCCUUCAGCUGUUAAUUGAACAUGACCCAGUCUCUCAGCGCUUGGACCGGUUGCGCCUGGACUCCCGGCUGUCCGGGGGCAAUAAGAAGCCCUCCACCCCUUGUAUUUCUGCCUUGGAGCUCAAGAAGAACCUGGAAGGGAGCCUGCGGCGACGCUCCCUCAGGCGAAGCAACAGCAUCUCCAAGUCCCCUGGGCCCAGCUCCCCCAAGGAACCGCUCAUCCUGAGCCGUGACAUCAGCCGAUCAGAAUCCCUUCGCUCCUCCACCAGCGGUUCCCAGCAGAUCUUCCGCCCCUGUGACUUGAUCCACGGGGAGGUGUUGGGCAAAGGUUUCUUCGGCCAAGCAAUCAAGGUGACUCAUAAAGCCACAGGAAAGGUGAUGGUGAUGAAGGAACUGAUCCGCUGUGAUGAAGAAACGCAGAAGACCUUCCUAACCGAGGUGAAGGUGAUGCGCAGCCUGGAGCAUCCCAACGUCCUAAAGUUCAUCGGAGUCUUGUACAAAGACAAGAAGCUGAAUCUUCUCACCGAGUACAUUGAAGGGGGGACUCUGAAGGACUUCCUCCGGAAUGCAGAUCCGUUUCCUUGGGAGCAGAAGGUCAGCUUUGCCAAAGGAAUUGCCUAUGGAAUGGCUUACCUGCACUCCAUGCGCAUCAUUCACCGAGAUCUGAACUCCCACAACUGCCUGAUCAAACUGGACAACACGGUGGUCGUGGCAGACUUUGGCCUCUCUCGGCUGAUUGUGGAGGAGAGGAAGAAGCCCUCCCUGGAAAAGCCCCUGGCCAAGAAGCGGACGCUGCGCAAGAGCGACCGGAGGAAGCGCUACACCGUGGUCGGGAGCCCAUACUGGAUGGCCCCAGAGAUGCUGAACGGACAGAGCUACGAUGAGACGGUCGAUAUCUUCUCCUUUGGGAUUGUGCUCUGUGAGAUCAUAGGACAAGUGUAUGCGGACCCGGACUGUCUCCCUCGCACCCUGGAUUUUGGCCUCAACGUGAAGCUGUUCUGGGAGAAGUUUGUUCCGGUGGACUGUCCUCCAGCCUUCUUCCCUCUGGCGGCCAUCUGCUGCAGGCUGGAGCCAGAGAGUAGGCCCCCCUUUUCCAAACUGGAGGAUUCCUUUGAAGCCCUUUCUUUGUACCUGGGAGAACUGGGCAUUCCUCUCCCUUCAGAAUUGGAGGAACUGGACCACAGCGUGAGCGUAGAGUUUGGCCUGAUUCGGGACAAGCACUCUGGCGACCUGACAUAACUCCGCCACUCGGCCAUCGUUGGGCAGCUUCUUUCCAUGGAUUGUCCUGGAGGCGGCCGAAAAAGUCUCCAUCCCGGCUGUUUUGGGAGGGAAACAGGAAGGCGGCCUCUUCAGCCUCAUUGCUUCUCUCCACCACCCUCACCUGGGCACUUCCUGAAAGCAUCGUCGUCCUCUUCACGCCACUCGCUUCUCCGUACAGAUGAAUGCAACUCUCAAGAGUCGGGGUGCAGACCUGCCUGCCAACACAAUACACUACAAGUUGUGAAGCAGAGACCCGCUAGGACACAAACCUUGGGGUUGCUUUUGACUGGGACUCCCUGUUCUGCUAGAUCAGGCAGAGGGCGGGCAACCUGGACUGCUUGCACUCACCUCUAGAGACAGCUGGAUUUUGCAGUUUGUCUCCCAGAAACAGCUCCGAACCACCAUCUGCCUGGCCAAAGAACUCUUCAUGCCCUAGGUGGCAUUUCACAGUCUACUCUGUGGCCCAGGCACUGUAGGGCCAAUCAUGGGUUGAGGGCAGCUUCUCCAUUGGAGGGAGGGGCCGGUGGAUCCAUACAAAGGAAGUGCUUCUAUUCCCAAAGUGGCCAGGAGUGAAGCGAUCCACUUGGGCCACAAAUCUGCACCUUGCAGUCACUACCUCCGUCCUCCAUUUCAGCCCCUCAGAGAAACACUUGGCUGGCCCCACCUUUCCCUUCCCUCUUCCAGAUGGAGAGAGGAAGCUGCGCUGGUUGCAUCUCUCCCCUCUCUGCAAAAUACAUUAAGGGCUACUUAAAGGUUGGCAACAUUGGGACCCCUGGAUGUUGACCAUCCCCCAGCAGGUCUGGCCACACAUCCCGAGAUUGUGGAAUGCUGUGGGUUGUAGUUCACUGGUAUCUGGAGGGUCUCCCCACCACCACCACCACCCCCUUUCACACUACAAGAACUCAAAAUGCUGGCCUAGGUGAUUGUGCCAGAUCCGAUGCAUUUUAGACCAGAUUUCACUUCAUUUCAUUCUUAAAAGGGGUGUCCACGCACAGGCACUAUAAACGGGCCAGCUGCAGGAAACACGGCUCAUGUCUUCAAGAAAGGUCACACAGCAGUUGUAAGCGCACAGAUUUUUGUCUAAAUUAAAAGCAAUAAAUGAUGUUGUACAAAGAUGAA